AAAAAAAAAAAAAAAAAAAAAGGAGAAAUCUACACCAACUACUGCUGGAUGUUCAACAUGAGAUAGCCCUGAGCAUGCACAGUUUGAAAUGGGCUUGAUUGCAUUUCUACGCAAUGACUUCCUAUCAAGGAACCAUUAUAUUUAUUGUUUGUCAUUCAUUCCGUUUACUUUAUGUUAUUCUUUUGGAUUCAGGAGGAUCAUGUGCAUGACCUGUUCUUUUUCCAAGGUAGUUGAAGAUAUUAGUCAAUUUUCUUUAUGUUGUGGUCAUCCUAUGAGAUGAGCUGUUGUUUGCUUCUGAAGCUGUGUAAUUCCAUCUCCGCGUGCUGAUUCUUGUGCCACUUUCGUGUGAAUGUCUGCAAUGCAGCCAAGAAAUGCUUUAAAAAUGUGAAUGCACUUCGAUUGGAUCAUAAAAGAGGUUGAUACUUGUGAGAACUUUUGUUAUUGAUAUUGGGCUUGUGUGGUUUGUCAUGUCCUUUGUAUAUACUAACUCGAAUUGGCAUGGUUAGUAUUUUGAGUUGCUUUAAUGCCCACUUUUUUCUCCACUUUUCAGGUACCGAAGAAUAGCGUAUUGUUGAAGCUUAUCGUCUAAAGUCAUGGACAUUGAUCUGAGGCUACCUUCUGGUGGACAUGAAAAAGAAGAAGAAGAGCCGCAUGGUAUUGACAACAUGCUGGAUGGCGAUGAAAAAUUGCAUAAUGGCGAUAUGGUGACUACAACUCUGGCAGAUCUUGGAGAUGUGUCUCAUGCUUCAGAUGGAGGUGCUCUGAAUCCCCCCACAGCAGAUAUGAUGGAGGUGAAAGAGUAUAUGAACCUUGAACCACUUUCAGGUAUGGAGUUUGAAUCGCACGGAGAAGCCUAUUCUUUCUAUCAAGAGUAUGCUCGGUCUAUGGGUUUCAACACCGCAAUACAAAACAGCCGUCGUUCAAAAACGUCUAGAGAAUUUAUUGAUGCAAAAUUCGCAUGUUCUAGAUACGGAACAAAAAGAGAAUAUGAAAAGUCUUUUAAUCGGCCUCGGGCCCGCCAAAGCAAGCAAGAUCCAGAUAAUGCAACUGGUCGACGAGCUUGUGCUAAGACGGAUUGCAAAGCAAGUAUGCACGUGAAGAGAAGGUCGGAUGGAAAAUGGGUUAUACAUACCUUUGUUAAGGAGCAUAACCAUGAACUUUUACCGGCCCAAGCUAUCAGUGAACAGACGAGAAAGAUGUAUGCUGCAAUGGCUAGACAGUUUGCUGAAUAUAAAAAUGUGGUUGGUCUGAAGAAUGACACGAGAAAUCCCUUUGAGAAAGGUCGUAACAUCCUAUUAGAAGGUGGAGAUGCAAGGAUCUUGCUUGAGUUUUUCUCACAGAUGCAAUGCUCAAAUUCAAAUUUCUUUCAUGCGGUGGACCUGGCUGAUGAUCAGCGCAUUAGAAGUCUGCUUUGGGUUGAUGCGAAGAGUAGGCAUGACUACAGUAGUUUCAGUGACGUAAUCUCCUUCGAUACGACUUACAUUAGAAGCAAGUACAAGAUGCCUCUUGCCUUAUUUGUUGGUGUGAACCAGCACUACCAGUUCAUGUUGCUUGGAUGUGCAUUAUUGUCGGAUGAAAGUGCUGCUACAUACUCUUGGCUCAUGCAAACUUGGUUGAAAGCCGUUGGUGGUCAGCAUCCAAAAGUAAUAAUCACCGAUCAAGACAAAACCGUUAAAACAGUCAUUUCAGAUGUUUUCCAUAGCUCUUGUCAUUGCUUCUGUUUGUGGCAAAUAUGGGGGAAACUUUCUGAAAAUCUCAGUCAUGUGAUAAAAAGGCAUGAUAAUUUUAUGGCGAAAUUUGAAAAAUGUGUCAAUAGGUCGUGGACUGAGGCAGAAUUUGAGAAAAGGUGGUGGAAGAUUAUAAACAGAUGUGAACUAAGAGAGGAUGAGUGGAUGCACUCGUUGUAUGAGGAUCGCAGGCAUUGGGUGCCAACCUUCCUGAAGGAUGCUUUCUUUGCUGGAAUGUGUAGCAUUCAGCGAGCUGAUAGUGUAAAUGCCUUCUUUGACAAGUAUGUACAUAAGAAGACCACUGUGCAAGAGUUUGUAAAAAUGUAUGAAGCAAUUCUGCAGGAUAGGUAUGAAGAGGAAGGCAAAGGAGAGUCUGAUACGUGGAGUAAGCAACCUCUGCUGAAAUCUCCUUCUCCGUUUGAGAAGAGUGUUUCGGCAUCAUAACAUGCAGUUCUUAAGAAGUUUCAAGUUGAGGUUCUGGGUGCAGUUGCUUGUCGUCCCAAAGAGGAAAGACAAGAUGAGACCGGCACGAUUUUCAGAGUUCAAGAUUUUGAGAAGGACCAAGAUUUCACUGUCACGUGGAAUGAGAUGAAGUCAGAAAUUUCUUGUAUAUGCAGGUUGUUUGAGUACAAAGGUUAUCUGUGUCGACAUGCGCUGAUUGUUCUACAAAUGUGUGGUCUUUCUGCAAUUCCAUCAUUUUAUGUUUUGAAAAGAUGGACCAAAGAUGCAAAGAACAGGCUUUUGAUGACAGAGGAAUCUGAACAGGUUCAAUCCAGAGUACAGAGGUACAAUGAUUUAUGCCAGCGGGCAAUGAGAUUGAGUGAAGAGGGAUCGUUGUCCCAGGAGGCUUACAGUCUAGCAUCCCGUGCAAUUGAGGAAGCUUUUGGAAACUGCGUUGGUCAAAACACUAUUAGUAAGGGUCUUGCUGAAGCCGGGACAUCAGCAACUCAUAGUCUAUUGUGUGCAGAAGAUGACAGCCAAGUCAGAGGAAUGAGCAAGACAAAUAAAAAGAAGAACCCAACCAAGAAAAGAAAGGUGACCUCUGAGCCAGAUAUAAUGACAAUCGGGGCACAAGAAAGUUUGCAACAAAUGGAGAAACUAACCCCAAGAACGGUGACCACCCUUGACAGCUACUAUGGCACUCAGCAGAGCGUUCCGGGGAUGGUACAACUAAAUUUAAUGGCACCUACUCGGGAUAAUUACUAUGGGAGUCAGCAGACGAUUCAAGGGCUGGGGCAACUCAACUCAAUAGCACCAAGUCAUGAUGGAUACUACACUCCUCAGCAGAGUAUGCAUGGGCUGGGACAGAUGGACUUCUUCAGAUCCCCAGGCGGUUUUACUUACAGUAUUAGGGAUGAUUCCAAUGUCAGAGCAGCACAGUUGCAUGAGGAUGCAUCAAGACAUGCUUAACAUCUGUUAGAUAAGAGAGGAAACAGAAGCUGUAGUUUGCCGAAGGGCGGCAGUUGAACUUACAUCUCAAAUGGAAGUAAUACAUAACUCUCCAAUUGUAGUGUUUGUAAGAUAGCGGAUAGUCUAAUGAUUUCAUCACCAUAGAUCGGCUGUUGUAUUAAUUAUGGAAUCCUGAGGAAAGUCAGGGUAAGCUCGAGGUAGGGUCGUCGUCAGUUGUACAGGCUGUUGUUCCUGUUGUAUCUUGGAUUGCAUCAGCUCAAUUAGAAAUAGGAUUUGUUGAGAUAAGUCAGUAAAUUCUCCAUUUAUUCGGUCUCAUCUAUUAUGUUAACGUUUGCCAGCA